AUGAUACGGACUUUGUAUACUACAGCCAGGUUGCCAAUAAGUAUCGACGGUCGAACGCGCAAGCGUACACCGGCACAGUGCAGUCCGAGGCCAUGCGCCCAGCUUACUGACGACCCCUGGCCCCCUUGGGAUUCGCUUAACAUCAGAUACCAUGAACAUA